AUGCAGAAGGAAACACAGAGAAGGAGAAAAGGAGAGGGCGAAGGGCGCAGAGAAAUAAGAAAGAAGAAAAGUAGACACGAAAAAGGAGAAAAAGAAAUGAAGAAAAGAAGAAAAGGAUCUAAGGAGGAAAGGAGGAAAGAAGUAAACGAGAAAAGUAAUAAAGGAGGCAAUUGGAAAAAGAGAAGACAAGAAAAGGAGAGAGUACUAGGGAAAAGAAAAAUGAGAAAAGUAGUUAGGAAGGAAACGGGAAAAGGAGGAAAGGAGAAGCAGAAUAAAAGGAAAGGAGGAAAGAAGGAAAGGAAAAAAGGAGAAACUAGAAGACUCUUUAAUGUCUCUGAUAUACGUGAAAGUCUAGAUAAAGAGAGGAAAGAAAAACGAGAAGAAGAAUUAAACGCAGGAGAUAUAGUAGAUAAUGUAAAAGGAAUCAAGAAGAAAAAGGAGAAGGCGAAGGAUGCGGAGAAAUAA